AUGGUGCCUACUUUCGAUCGCUUCGACACGCAAUGUAUCUUCGCUCGCGAUAUCAACAAGCUGGAUACCAUACUCCAAGUAUGGCUCGACAAUUGCGACAUCGCAAAACCCAAGGCUAAUAUGCCGAAAAGGCUUCUAUAUCCGGUGGACCUCUUCCCAGUCGAUAAUGAAGUACAGAUGCAGCACGUGAAGAGCUUCGUCAAGGAUUUCAGCGACUAUCUGCAAGCGCCAGUCGCCACAAGAACCUUUUUGUACGACUUCUAUCAUAGCUUCGACGAAUUCCGCGAAACGUACAGGCGCGAGUUCCAGAAGGAACCUUACGCCAACGAAUACACACAGUGGAGAUGGGAUGUCGCCAAAACAGUAACGAGAGAAGAGAACGAGGAUGCUGUGGCUCGCCUCGACACUUACAGAGACUGGCUACUCUCUGAAGUGUUCCAAGCGGACAGAUACGACACCCUGAUGAUACUGCCAGUCUCUGAAGUUGCAACAAACUACAGAGAUCGGAAGACAGAGCCGCCGAGCAAGCAGAACGCGUUCGAUGCGCUGUAUAUCUCACCCACAAUCGAGGCUCCCGAGAUUGUCGUUCCAAUUGCAGAAUUCCUGUAUGAAUCUCGGGUGAGUGAGCGCGAGGAAAAGCUCCCAAUUGCGAUAUCGGUAGUAGGAAAUCCUGCUUUAGUUUUAGGGAGCAUCUGGAUUGGUGUCGUCCUUACUGCGUUGGAUUCCACCAUCGUCGCAACACUUUCUGCCCCGAUCUCCGACUCCUUCUCCUCACUCAAAACCCUCUCGUGGCUCGGAACCUCUUUUCUCGUUGCGACCGCGGCAACGCAGCCGAUCAGUGGCCGCCUGACAGACAUCUUUGGCCGACGCGCUGGCCUGCUCGUAUGUAAUAUACUGUUCGGCAUCGGCACGUUGCUAUGCGGCAUAGCUCAACAUGAGUGGGUCUUCAUACUUGGACGUGCAGUUGCGGGAGCUGGUGGAGGAGCCAUGGUCGCAAUAUCAACGUUUGUCGGGUCAGAUCUGGUACCACUUCGAAAACGGGGCGUCGUGCAAGGCAUCAAUAACAUCGCCAUGGGCGCUGGAGCAGGUCUGGGCGGCUUGCUAGGAGGGUGGUUGGAUCACAUCAUCGGCUGGAAAAGCGCUUUCCUGGUUCAGCUCCCCUUCCUCGUUUUAGGCACCAUACUCGUCAGCAUAUUCGUCCAGGUACCCGUCAAGAGCACUGAAACGCACGCAUGGCGUAGAGUUGACUUCGUUGGCUCCACGACCCUUACUUUCGGCCUAGUACUACUUCUACUCGCGGUGAACACCGGUGGAAACAUUUUGCCCUGGUCUCAUGCGCUGGUGAUCACGACACUGGUAGCUGGUACUAUCCUUUUGGGUGUCUUCAUGUGGUACGAGUUACGCAUCGCUACUGAACCCGUCAUUCCGCUCCGCUUGAUGACGGAUCGAACCAUAGCUUCAGCUUGCGCCACGUACCUGCUCACCUACAUGGCAUCCUUUGGCAUCAUGUACUACAUACCUAUCUACCUCCAGCUACUUGGCCUAUCCCCAAUGUCAACGGGCCUUCGUUUCGUACCUCAUAGCGCUGGAACCGCUCUGGGCGCUCUUACGACCGGAAUCACCGUGCGUUACACUGGAAAAUACGUACAGCUCAACAUACUAGGACAUGUGUUGCUCGUCGCCGCAUCUGUCAUGUUGCUCUUCCUCGGAUGGCAAACGCCCCAAGGCUAUGUCAUGGUAGCACUUGGCAUAUACGGUCUAGGCUUUGGUAUCAUGCUGGUCACCACAUUGCUUGCCUUGAUAAGCUCUGCGAAGAGCGCUCAACAAGCGGCUAUCACAUCUGCCUCGUUUGCCUUCCGGUCAGUCGGCUCUUCACUCGGCCUGACGGUAUCGUCAGCAGUCUUCCAGAAUGCUUUACGGGACCUUCUUCGUCGCAAUUUGGAGCACUAUCACAAUGUCGAUGAACUAGUGGAACGCAUCCGCAUGAGUUUCGAUGAGAUAUCACGACUUGAUCCGACGCUCAUUCCUCCCGUCAAAACCGCUUAUAUGCAUGCGAUACAGCGAGUCUUCGUUUUGACUGCGGUUCUGAGCGGUCUUGGUGCGUUGACGGCCUGUCUUCAGCGACAGAACGUAUUGCAUAACACUUUGUCGCGCGAAUAG